UUUCCUGUGUCUGGAAUGAACUUUUUGGGAAAAAAGGGAGCAAACCGAAAAUUGUGGGGAAGCACAGCCAAACUUCAUUUUAACCACAUUUGGGCAAAACUUCCAUGGUUUCCUUAUCUCGGAUCAACGACGACCCCUUCAUUCAACGUUCGCCAUUCAUGUUGCGCGGAAAUUUACCAGCUAUGAAAGCUAAGAGAGAACAACUAACCAGUUGAGCCUUCGAGGUAAAUUGGCACAGAGAUACCAAUUAUGCACGCACGAAUUACAACCAGUGAUAGAGUCCAACAGUCCCUAGACGGAUAGCUAAGAUACCUCGAUACCUGCUAUAAGUCCACCCUGAACUCGAAUCCGAAAUCCACCCUAUGCCACUCAUACCGUGUCCGAGCUGCUCUGGGUUUACCCCUCCCUAAGGCCAUCAUGAAAGAAUACCAAUCCCCCGUGUAUUUCCUAUUUCAGCAAUACAGUCCAUGGACCACAUUGUAGCUACCUCAUAUGGAAAGUAUUCUUGCUACAGUGGGAUAGUUAAGAAGCUGGUGAUAUGGCAUCACGGUAAGCUAGAUGGAGGGAUGAAUAUAUAAGAUGGGGGGAGUAUGGACGAAGAAAGCAAAUGCUUCCAGUUCGACAUUCACGCUUCUUAUCCUCCGCAGAAACACAAGAUACACCCCGCGAUAGCUUCACAUUCACGAAUCAUCCUAAGAAUUCAAGGUAUGAAUACAACCAUGUCCCUAUUUCCAAUCUCUACUACCAAUAUCACAACCUCUUUAUUUCCAUCUCAUACGCUAUCACCUAAAUUUGAUCCCCUUCAUCACAACUAACAACGGGUUCCGUUAUCAGUAAAGCCAAAUCAUCCAAAUCCUCACCACAAACCGAAAAGAUGUCUUCUCUUCCUUUCACAUACCACGCCAACGCCCAAACCGAGUUCAAGCCCCCUCUCAUCGCCAACGAGAAUGCCUUCCUUGGUGACGUCGCCGUAUCUACCGAUGAAGCCGCCCCCCUUUCAGCUGGUUUCUACAGAUUAGAAAAAGGCACCCCAUUGAUCUACGAGUACACAUACCAUGAGAUGAAGAUCAUUGUUGAUGGAGAAUUUGAUAUUAGCGAUGAGACUGGACAAAAGGUUCAUGCUACCAAGGGUGAUGUGUUUUACUGUAAGUUUCCUAUGGAUGUUGUGAAUGCUCAUUGUCUAAAUCAAAAUAGUCCCCAAGGGAAGCAAGAUUACCUUCACUACUGAGACUUUUGGUUUGGGUUUCUUCGUGGGGCAGAGAAAGGUAUGUUAUUUUCGAAUCUAUGCCUAUUCAUGUAAGAUGCUAAUUAUUCAACAGACUGGUACCGCGUAGGAAGGAAAUAUCAAUUAAAUGGAAUGGAAUGGAUAAUGGGAUUUUGGAGUCUAUGUGCUGUUUGUAAAUAACACGAAUAAGCAAUGUCAUGAAUUAUGAUGCAUUACAUCU